AAAAAAAUAUUAAAAAAAAAAUCCCCGAAAUGGGUCACCCUCUUCUUAUAAAAAAUUCACACCCAUAGAUUACGACACAUAAUAAUUUAGCCGCAUAGAGACGCAGUAUAGUUUCUGAACGUCAGAAAGAAAUAUUGCAGCUCCUGAAUUUGGUGAAGGGGGCAGCCAUUUGCUUUCGUUGACCUCAGCCUCUUUCUUCUCCAAUGGGAUAGCCAAAUGGGAGGAAGGCUUGAAUUGUCCCUUUAUGUUCCAAAGGAUGCUAAAUAGAAAGCAUUAAUGUACCAAAAGGCCAAAGUUAAGGAGCGGGAGAGCAAAAUAGAAGGAGAGGGGAUGAAGAAAGAGGAGGAUGAACCCUUCAAAAAGAAGAAAGAGGGGGAUGAGAAGAAGGGUUGGUCAGAGAUAAGGCUUGCUGUGGAGGAGCUCUCUUUGGUGAAGCAUGACAAGGUGGUCUCCACCCUUGCCUUCCUCAGUGUCUCCAAUUUGCUCCUCCAAGUCCUUGAUAAGAUUGGGCCGACCAUGGCAGUCUUGAGACAAGACGUCCAGCGAAAUAUCGAG